GAAUUAGAAGCAAAGCAUACAAUUUGGGACGGAAGAGAGGGUUUUAGAGUGAAAACAAAAAUGGAGAGCAGCUUAGAGCAGACUCUUCAAGAUGCCAAGCUCUACAGAGAGCUCAAUUCUCUCAUUGUCGCCUAUCUCCGUGACAAUAAUCUUCACCAGGCUGCAAGUGCUGUUGCUUCAGCAACAAUGACAUCACUGAACGUCGAAAUCCCGGCUAAUAAGCUUGUUCAGCUGGUUGCUAAGGGCCUUGCAGUGGAGAAAGAUGAGGUGAUAAGGGGGGUUUCUUCUCUUGUUAAUGAUUUGGGUACACUGAUACCUUCGGGAUAUGGUUCAAUGCCGGCUCUUCAUACUGCCUCGGUUGAUUUUGGUGCUGUCCAGGAAACAAAAGGCUCGUCAAAGAGUUUCCCAAAGCAUGAGACACGCCAUCUUUCAGAGCACAAGAAUAUUGCCAGAUGUGCAAGGUUUAGUCCGGAUGGGAAGUUUGUUGCGACUGGAAGUUCAGACACGUCAAUAAAGCUAUUUGAGGUGGCAAAAGUUAAGCAAAUGAUGCUUCCAGAGGCAAGAGAUGGUCCUGUGCGACCUGUCAUACGUACAUUCUAUGACCACUUACAACCCAUAAAUGAUUUGGAUUUCCAUCCUCAGAGCUCUAUUCUUAUAUCUGGAGCAAAAGAUAACACAAUAAAGUUCUUUGAUUAUUCCAAAAUGACUGCAAAGAGAGCAUUCAGAGUUAUCCAGGACACACACAAUGUGCGUUCAGUAGCGUUUCAUCCUUCUGGGGAGUUUCUUUUAGCUGGGACUGAUCAUCCAAUUCCACACUUAUAUGAUAUCAAUACCUUCCAGUGUUACCUAUCUGCAAAUGCCCCAGAAAUUGAUGUUAAUGGAGCAAUAAAUCAGGUCAGGUAUUCAGCUACCGGUGGCAUGUAUGUUACAGCUUCUAAAGAUGGUGCUAUUCGCUUAUGGGAUGGUGUUACUGCCAGUUGUGUACGUUCCGUAGUUGGUGCACAUGGCACAGCAGAGGCAACCAGUGCAAAUUUUACCAAGGACGAAAGGUUUGUUCUCUCUUCUGGAAAGGAUUCUACUGUGAAGCUUUGGGAAGUUGGCACUGGAAAAUUGGUUAAACAAUAUUUAGGAGCUACACAUACACAAUUAAGAUGUCAGGCUGUUUUUAAUAAUACGGAGGAAUUUGUACUGUCCAUGGAUGAACCAAGCAAUGAGAUUGUUAUCUGGGAUGCUCUGACAGCAGAAGUAGUAGCAAGGUGGCCAUCCAAUCAUAUUGGUGCUUUCCGCUGGCUCGAGCACUCACCAACUGAAGCCGCAUUUGUUUCCUGUGGGACUGACAGAUCAAUACGGUUCUGGAAGGAAGGCGUGUAGGUGUGGGAAAGCUGCCAGUGGCUUACUUAAUCUGAAGUGUAGAUUUAGUAUUUGAUUUAGGAUUCACUUCUGUCUGUAAAACUAGAUGAAUGGAUAGAACCUGCACAUGACCCAGAAAAGAGUCAAAUGUAACCUGCAAAUCACCCCAACUAUAUUGAUUCAGUUCGUCUCGUCAAUUUAAGUGUUCUUUCAGUGUUUCUAAUUUCUAUACACGGCUCAACUGCUGGAUACAGUAGUUUGUAUGAUUUCUUCGAACAA